AACAGUUGAAAAAAUCAUAUGUGUUAUCAAUUUAACAAUGCAAUUUCUUUUACUAUUUCCAAUUGUGUUUUAUUUAUGCAUGGUGGCUGUACAUCCACACCUAUUAGGUGUAGGUGGAAUGCAACUGCAACAAAGAGAAAUGAGCCAAUCUAACCAAAUGGAAAAUGCACUCGGGGUCAAUUUAACGCUUGGCUUAAGCACAAAUUCGUAUUCUCGUUCGAGUAGAAUGAAUAGUGAACGAAUGAAGAGAAUAAAACGAGCUGUUUAUAUUAAUAAAGCAAAAAGUUGUUUCAUAAUUGUUCAAAUACCGAGCAUUAAAAUGACUACAGUGGCUUCGACAACUACUGCUGAUAUAGAUCCAAGAGUAAAUAAUACUCAAGCUUGAGUCAAAUAUAGUAUUAUUUUAGUAGUAAUGAUGAAUAAAGGGUUGAAAUGUUUUUUUUGCAUUUAGUAUCAAAAUGGGUACUUUAUUAUUUUAUUAUUCAUAAUAAAAUCUUACAGGACUUAGUCAUUCUUUUAAAUCUAAGACAGUUUGGAUAAUUUAUACGGUUCCAGAAACUGUUAUUUUCAAAAUUGGAAACUGGAAACUUCCAACUCUAUACUAAAUAUUAUUUUGAUAGUUUCCUUUGUAUUUAUAGUUGAUGGUAUUAUGUACUAUUAUAAUAAUAUAGGUACUAACAAGUUAUAUUAUAGUAAAUAAUUUAUCAAUAAAACAUAUUGUCUAGUGUAUUGGUCUGUUACCAAUAACAGCUGAUGGUUGGUGUUCAAGAAGAACAAGAGGAUAAUUUCUUUGUCUACAUUGAAGGCCAACCUAAAAAAAUUAUCAGAAAGCAAUGUAAAUAAUUUGAGUUGAAAUGAAUACUUAAGAAAGAUAAAGAUCCAAAGAUAAUCUUUAUAUCAAUUUCAAGUAUUUUUAUUUAGUGGGUGAUUUAUUUUUAAAGUGGUUUGUUUAUAGAAUAAAUAAUUAAAUUUUACAUUUAGGUUAUCGCUACUUAACAAGUACCGACGACAUAAAACAUUCAUAUUUUAUUCACGCACUUUUAAAUUUGUGAUACACUUGAAGUAUUUAUUAUACAGGGAUAUUCAAAACAAAGACGAAACUUACCAUUAAUGCAGUUAAAAGAAUGAAAACACACGUAACUAGAUUUAUGCAUUUCAUUUUGAUUUGUCUGGUAAAUUAAAAAGAAUAUUCAAUAUUUUAUAAUAAUUUUUAUUAAACAAAAAUGUAUAUCAUAAUUUGAUGGAAAUAACCAACAAAUUCAUCGUAAUUUCUAUAAUAUGGAAAUUUUUAUUCAAUUUUAUUUAAUCACUUAAUUUAUUUAAAAAUUAACCUCGCUACGGCAUAUUAAUAUUUUAUGUAAAAAUAUUAAGUGCAAUUGGUACAUUCCUUUGAUAUUAAUUCUCAACAAAGUAUAAUACUAAAGAGGAAUUUGAUAAAAGUCGUCUAAAUAUUUCAAAUACAAUAAGUCUGAUGUAAAACUACAUCAAAAUAUUUUUAACAAAACACGUUUUAAAAAAUAUUUUAGUUUAUAUUAAAAUCAUAUAAUAAAUGAUUUUCCGACAAUUCCCGAACCAAUACCGAAUUACGUCACGAUGUUAAUUUCAACCCGCCAUUACGUAUGUGAUAAUAAGUUUUCGUUUAUUACUCAUAAGGUUCGUUCCAACCUAUCAAGACCGUCCCUGAAACGGUUCACAAAUCUAAGUCGGUUGGAACGCAGAACAGAAUUGUUCGUAUAGCGGUAACCGCCCGGUUGGAACACGUAAUCUCUUUUGCGCAGAAUCGUCACCGUACGAAGGACGGUUUUUUGAUGGGCUGAAACAAACCUUCCAAGAACGCUCCCGACUAGCAGGUUGGAACAAACCUAUAAUUUUUCUUUUGCGAAUGAUCUUAUUCAUUUCAAAUUGAAUUGAUAUUAACUGCUGUCCAUUUACAUUCAAGUGGACUGAGACACUUAGUUAUGAUCUUAUACUCGAAUAAUCACGUUACUGUUCAUUGAAUAAAGUGAUAAUAAGAUUAUAUACAUCAAUAAAUGUUUUCAAUACUUUAAUAUCGUGGACUAAUUUGCUUAUUCUGAUGACAAAAUCAGACAAAUUGUUGUCCUCAAAAUUACUUUCUCAAAACUCGCUAAACCACACGAUCUCAAGCUUGUGCAGAUUGCGAGUAAAAACUCAAUUUGGUCUCACUUGCGAGACUGAAAAAGAACGUGCCUUGAACUGAGUUACGAUAUCAGAUAUUUGUUUUGUCCUAUAGUAUAGUAAAAGGAAAAUGGUUUAAAGCAGUUUGUGUAGUCAAUAUUAAGAACAGUAUAAAUUUGACCUUGAACUAAUAUCGUGUAUAAUUAGAUUUUAGAAACGGGUAUUUCGUACAUUAUUGUAUAUCCAUUGAAUUUGUUACUUACUAUUUUCAAUUUGAGGUUGAUUAUUAAUAAAACGUGACAUUAUUUUCUCAUUAAAAGUUGUUGUUGGGAAAGAAGCAAUUACUAUUAUCAAUUUACGUGAUUGCGUGCAACAAAAAAAAUCUUAUAUAACAUUCAAGGUAAAAGACUAUUUGAAAACUCAUAUAAAUAAAUCAAUUAAUUCAUCCUGAUUUGUAUACGUAAUUUUUUUGGGACAAGGUACCAAUUAGGAAAUUAAUAUUACGUUAAAUAUGGCGAAGGCGCUUUAUUUAAUGAGUAUUUCCAAUUAAGAACAUAUAUAUGUAGGGAUUUCAUGGUUUUCUAGGAUUUUUUGUUUUCGUAUAACGCCGGGUAUAUGGAAAAUACUUCAAACAAUGAAAUUGGUUCGCAAAUGAUGACAAAAUAUUGAAUUGUAACGUGAGAUUGAUAAUAAAAAUAUGAAAA